AUGUAUUUAGUACCGCCUUUUAUUUUUUUAAUUUUACUUUACGAAGUUGAGACAGCGUUUAGAAAUUAUGGUGAUAGAUAUAUAUUAACUAUAUUAACUUUAUGUCCAAUAUGUGCAAAAGAAAUAAUUCACGCAGCAUGGUGUCAAGAAUGUGCAAACACAUAUUUUAAGAAAAAUUUUAUUAACUGGACUAGCGGAAAUCAAAGAAUUGAUGAAAUUAUAAAAGAUGCACAAAUAAAUUCAAAGAUUCCAGAAGAUUUUAUAGAGUGGAUUCCAUAUGAACAAUUUGAAAACAUUGAAAAGGUCUGUCAUGGUGGAUUUGGAACUAUUUAUAGCGGUUAUUGGACACAAGGCCCACUUAAUAUGAUUUCAAAUGAGUUCAAAAGAACUGGAGAAACUCAUGUUGCGCUCAAAAGUGGUAUUUCUUCGGAACAUUUAGAAGAG